GGCACCGCCCCCCCGCCCCGCCGGUCCUUAUAGCGGCCGGCGGCAGCGGUGCCGCGGCCCGGCCAUGACCCUGCGGCGGCGGCGGCGGCGGCUCCUGCCCGGGGAGGAGGCGGCGGUGGCGGCCCCGGGCCCGGCGCGCCCCGGCCCCGCCGACGUCUACCGGGCGCUGGCGGCCGCGGGCGGCACCCUGCCCCGCGUGCGCAAGGGCGCCGGCGGCAGGCGGAGGUCGCCGCGGGACUCCCCGGAGGAGCACAGGAGGGUGCUGAGGCUGGAGAAGAAGGCGGAGGAGGCGUUCGGCUUCGAGAUCCAGACCUACGGGCUGCACCACCAGGAGAAGAACAGCGUGGAGAUGUUCACCUUCGUGUGCCGGGUGCACGACGGCAGCCCGGCCGCCGCCGCGGGGCUCAAAGCCGGCGACACCAUCACGGGGGUGAACGGGCUGAACGUGGAGGGCGUCCGGCACCGGGAGAUCGUGGAGAUCAUCCGGAGCUCCGGCGAUGUGCUCCGGCUCGACACGCUCUACGGCACGGCGGUGCGGCGGGCCGAGCUGGAGGCCCGGCUGCAGUACCUCAAGCAAACCCUCUACGAGAAGUGGGGCGAGUACCGCUCGCUGAUGGUGCAGGAGCAGCGGCUGGUGCGCGGCGUGGUGGCCAAGGACCCCAGCAUCUACGCCACGCUGGAGGCUCUGCGCGGCUGCCUGGGGGCCGCGGGGCUGCCCGGCACCGGCAGCUCGCCCCGGCUCAGCGCCGGCAGCGACGACUCGCUCUACCAGACCUGCGUCUUCGCCGAGGCGCCGGCGGGUGCCGGGGGGGCGCCGGGCCUGGCCCGCAGCAGCAGCCUGCGGGGCGCCGGGGGGGCGCCCGGGCCCGCCGCCCCCCCCAGGGCCAAGCACCGCAGCUUCCGCCGGCGCCUGCUCAAGUUCAUCCCCGGACUGAACCGCUCGCUGGAGGAGGAGGAGAGCCAGCUCUAGGGCCCCCGGACUAUUUAUUUAUUUAUUGCGGGGGCUGAGCCCCCUGGGUGCCCCCCCCGGGAUGCUCGGCCCCGCGCCGCGAAGGGGGACGGCGGCUGAGCCGGGCUGCGGGGCCGCGCUCGGCCCGGCCGGGGCUUUUCCGCGGAAAAGCCGCUGCUUUAUCUCAGGAAACCUCCCCUUCCUCCCGCGCGGGGCCGGGGGGGCAGCGCCGGCGCUCCGCGGCCCCCCAAUACAGAGACUCUUUGCA